AUGCUGAUCAGUCCCCAGUAUGAAGCGUUUUUGGCUGAGCAGGCCGCACAUAAAUGGCCCCCUCGCGAGGACACUCUCACUGGUUUUCGAUUCCUCUUGACCGACUCCUCGGUGUCACCUGCUGAAGUAGCCAAGAUAGCUCUUUCCUGCGCAGCCAUUGAAGCGAACCCCAUCCCAGAAUACGGCGACAUCUGGUCGGUCCUCAUGGCGGCAGUGGAGCGAUUUCCAGAGCAAAACGACCGACUCGUGGACUUCACCGUUGCACUACAGCAACUGCCCAACUAUGAUGGGGAGAUGCACGAAUUGGACGGGCUUGCGAUGCAUUUGACUGAGUUUACUUUCAACCACGCCGAUCACUCCUUCAACGAAACGACGCGCGACCAAGAGCGGUGCGGCUUCGUCAAUGCGAACCUCUUCACAGCCAAGCUCUACCUGCGGAUCCCGCGGCCGAAUAAGUUUGGAUUUUUCAUUGGCUUUGGGUCGCAGGUAUUGAGAAAGACUCUGGAGUCGGCUCCAUGGGAGAGAUUUCAUCAUCCGCGCAUUGAAGCCUAUCUCGAAGACGUCGAGGAAGACUCGUUGUACAAUCAGCUGCGCGACGAGGAGCUGGAGGUGAUUGAUAUCAGGACGCUGAAUGGGUUUGUGCCCGCUGCGGCGGUGUGGAUCGAGUACUGUGGCCAGGAGAUAUAUCGCAAAGAAGGUUCCUUGGGCCAGGAGAUUUCUGCUUGGGAUAAAUGGAGGGGACCCGCAGGUUGGUCGAAGGAGCGAUGGGGGUUCUGGAAGCAGCGGCUCGAAUGGAUAUCCACCGUGACGGCGUUGGAUCGAAAGACGAGGAAGAUCGCCAUGAGGCUGGUGGAACAGAUGACGAGAAUUGAACAGGGAGAAGAUGGGAUCAUCUAA